GUGUUCUCGAACAAGCAGUGGAGGCGCUGGAUGCCAGUCCUCCAUUGUCCCGUCCUUUGCCGGUCGAGAUUGCUGAUGCUGAACGUCAAGCGGUGCGACAGCAGCGCCGGCUUCAGAUGGAGAGGGAGCUUUGUGAGAAGCUUGGACUGCCUGAGGUGUCCGAUCAACCGGCAGCGCAAGUCCGUCCCCGGUCGGCCGGGUUGGCCCCACCACGGCCACCCAAGCCCAAGCCGCAUCGUUCGGUGGCCCCCCAGGCGGUGGCUGUCCCGCAGAGCGUGGAGGAAAUUCCACGGGUUCGGCGAUGGAAGUCAGCCCUCAUGCCGCUGUGGCUGGACGUUUCUCCAGAGAAAGCCGCGGACUCUCCGUCUGAGCUUGCGAAGACGGCACCAGCGGCAAUGUCUGCUGAUUGCGGCGAGGUUACAGCGGUCACGGUACCAGAGGCCCCUGAGGCGGACGUCGCUGAUGAGCUGCAAGGCGCAGAUGCCUUGCAAGCCUCGCCAUCGCUUGCAGUUCCGCCCGAGAGGGAGCAGCAGGAGGUCAUAGUCAAAGUUGCCCCGCUCUCCGAGCUUCCGGUGCCUGCUGCACCCAUCAGGAGACCGGUGCUUGAAGUGCAACAAUCGCCCUCGGUAGAGAUGCGCGGCGGCCCGGCAGCACUUGCUGCUGGCGGUGCAGAUUCUACCGCGGCCUGCGCCGAGACCCGACAAGGUGCCAAGCUGCUGGAGGAAAACACCCGACGCCUGCGCGAGAACUUGCAGCGGCUACGACUGGAGAAUCGCCGCCAUCGAGUUCGACCCUAUGACGCUGGCGGGAUUCCGCACUCC